AUGGCCCAGAGUGGAAAGGUUUCCCCUGCCCCGUUCUCGCAUCGACGAUUGAUGGCAAGUAUCCCACUCCUGGUGCAGAAAGGGAUGCAAAUCCCGACCGAGAGGUGGUCGACGAAACUGAAGCAUUGCGCCGCCAGACCGAGCGCGGGCGUGUGGUCCACCCACGCCUACCCACAAAUCAUUCUCUGUCUGUGUAUCCACAUUCCGAUUGUGGCACUUGUCAACGUGCUGGCGGUUUCACGCGACCAUCACUCCGAGAGCGCACUCACCUAA